AUGCAGAAGGCACUGCGCCUGAACGACGGGCACGCCGUCCACCUGGGGCUGCUGGCCAAGAAGGACGGGGCCCCGCGGGGCUACCUCAGCAAGAGGAGCUCCGACAACACCAAAUGGCACCCCAAGUGGUUCGCCCUCCUUCAGAACAUGCUGUUCUACUUCGAGAACGACUCCAGUUCCCGGCCGGCUGGCCUCUACCUGUUGGAAGGGUGCCUGUGCGACAGAGCCCCUUCGCCCAAGCCCAAGGAUCCGCUGGAGAAGCAGCAUUAUUUUACGGUUAACUUCAAUCAUGAGAACCAGAAAACUCUGGAGCUUAGAACCGAGGAUGCCAAGGAUUGUGAUGAGUGGGUAGCAGCUAUCAGUCGUGCCAGUUACGGGACUCUCGCCACAGAGCACGAAGCCUUAAUGCAGAAGUACCUCCAUUUACUUCAGAUUGUGGAGACCGAAAAAACAGUUGCCAAGCAACUCAGGCAACAAAUUGAAGAUGGAGAAAUAGAGACAGAGCGCCUGAAAUCAGAGAUGGCCGCCUUACUUAAGGAGCACGAGCGCAUCCAGGCCAACCAGGCCAACGUGCCAAACGACGAUGACAUCGACAUCAAGAAGAUCAAGAAGGUCCAGAGUUUCCUCCGGGGGUGGCUAUGCAGAAGGAAGUGGAAGACCAUCAUCCAGGAUUACAUCCGCUCCCCUCACGCGGACAGCAUGCGGAAGAGGAACCAGGUGGUCUUCAGCAUGUUGGAAGCCGAAGCCGAGUACGUGCAGCAGUUGCACAUCCUCGUCAACAACUUUCUGCGCCCACUGAGGAUGGCGGCCAGUUCUAAAAAGCCCUCCAUCACGCAUGAUGAUGUCAGCAGCAUCUUCCUGAACAGUGAAACCAUCAUGUUUUUACACCAGAUCUUUUACCAGGGCUUAAAAGCACGCAUCUCUAGCUGGCCAACCUUGGUGCUUGCGGAUCUCUUCGACAUCCUCCUGCCAAUGCUCAACAUCUACCAGGAGUUUGUUCGGAACCACCAGUACAGCCUGCAGAUCCUGGCCCACUGCAAGCAGAACCGGGAUUUCGAUAAGCUCUUGAAGCACUACGAGGCCAAGCCUGACUGUGAGGAGCGGACGCUGGAGACUUUCCUGACCUACCCCAUGUUUCAGAUCCCCAGGUACAUCCUGACCCUGCAUGAGCUGCUGGCCCACACGCCCCACGAGCACGUCGAGAGGAACAGCCUGGACUACGCCAAGUCCAAGUUGGAGGAACUCUCCAGGAUAAUGCACGACGAAGUGAGUGAAACAGAGAACAUUCGGAAGAACUUGGCAAUCGAGCGGAUGAUCACUGAAGGCUGCGAAAUCCUCCUGGACACCAGCCAGACCUUCGUGAGACAAGGGUCCCUCAUCCAAGUGCCGAUGUCUGAGAAGGGGAAGGUGACGCGUGGACGGCUGGGCUCCCUGUCCCUGAGAAAGGAGGGGGAGAGGCAGUGCUUCCUCUUCUCCAAACACCUGAUCAUUUGCACCCGGGGCUCCGGAGGGAAGCUGCACUUGACGAAGAAUGGCGGGGUGAUUUCACUCAUUGACUGCACGCUGGUGGAAGAUACGGAAAGCACGGAUGAGGACCAAAAGGGAUCUGGGCAAGAUACGGAGCACCUUGACUUCAAGAUCGUGGUGGAGCCUAAAGACACUGCCCCCUACACCAUUAUCCUGGUGGCAUCAUCCAGGCAAGAAAAGGCUGCAUGGACCAGCGAUAUCAGCCAGUGUGUAGACAACAUCCGAUGCAACGGCCUCAUGAUGAACGCCUUUGAAGAAAAUUCAAAAGUUUCUGUUCCGCAGAUGAUCAAGUCAGACACCAGCCUGUACUGUGACGACGUUGACAUUCGGUUCAGCAAGACCAUGAACUCCUGCAAGGUCCUCCAGAUCCGCUAUGCCAGUGUGGGGCGUCUCCUGGAAAGACUGACAGACCUGAGAUUCCUCAGCAUUGACUUUCUCAACACCUUCCUGCACUCUUACCGGGUCUUCACCACAGCUAUGACUGUGUUGGACAAGCUGAUCACCAUCUACAAGAAACCCAUCAGUGCAAUUCCUGCCAGGUCCCUGGAACUUUUGUUUGCCAGCAGCCAGAACACGAAACUCCUCUACGGAGAACCACCCAAGUCUCCACGUGCCAACCGGAAGUUUUCCUCCCCUCCCCCCCUGUCCAUCACCAAGUCAUCCUCACCAAGCCGGAGGAGAAAGUUGUCCUUGAACAUUCCCAUUAUCACAGGAGGGAAAGCCCUGGAGCUGGCCGCCCUGAGCUGCUCUUCCAACGGUUAUGCAAGCAUGUAUUCCUCCACCAUGUCGCCGUUCAGCAAAACCACCCUGGACAUCAACAAGCUUUACGUGUCCAGCAGCUACUCCAAUAAAAUAUCCGAUGAGGGAGAAGGGAGCACAGACAAGGCAGAGGAAGCACUUCUGAGCAAGACAGGCUCCGAAGAGUCUCCCCGAGAAGAUUCUGCCUUUGAGGCAGCCCCAAGUGAGGAGGCAGACCCAGAGGCAUCACCCACCAAGUCUCCAACAACACCCAAACUGGUCAGAGGCAAGAACUCUUCAGAGUUCCCUUUGUUCUCCUACAACAAUGGAGUGGUGAUGACUUCUUGCCGAGAGUUGGAGAACAGCCGCAGCAGCGCUCUCUCGGCCGCCUCUGCGUUCGCCAUUGCCACUGCCGGAGCCAACGAGGGUACCCCGACCAAAGAGAAGUACCGCAGAAUGUCGUUGGCCAGCCCAGGCUUCCCUUCUGACCAAAGGAACAGUGACAAAGAGUUCGUGAUCAGGAGGGCGGCAACCAACCGGGUGCUCAACGUCCUGAGGCACUGGGUCUCCAAGCAUGCCCAGGACUUUGAAACCAACGAGGAACUCAAGUAUAAAGUGAUCAGCUUUCUGGAGGAAGUGAUACACGACCCAGAACUCCUGACUCAAGAGAGAAAAGCCGCCGGCAACAUCAUAAGGACCCUGACCCAGGAUGACCCCGGAGACAACCAGAUCACCCUGGAAGAGAUCCUGCAAAUGGCUAUGGGGGUCAAGGCUGAACCCUUUGAAAAUCACUCGGCUUUAGAAAUAGCUGAGCAGCUCACCUUAUUGGAUCACCUGGUCUUCAAAACAAUACCCUAUGAAGAAUUCUUUGGACAAGGAUGGAUGAAGAUGGAAAAGAACGAGCGAACACCCUAUAUCCUGAUGAACACAAAGCACUUCAAUGAUAUCAGCAACCUGAUCGCCUCUGAGAUCCUCUGCAGUGAGGACGUGGCUGCCCGGGUGAGCAUAAUCGAGAAGUGGGUGGCCGUGGCUGACAUUUGCCGGUGUCUGCACAACUACAAUGCCGUUCUGGAGAUCACCUCGGCCUUCAACCGCAGUGCCAUCUUCCGCCUGAAGAAGACAUGGAUGAAGGUGUCAAAGCCGACCAAAGCUGUGAUCGACAAGCUGCAGCGGCUGGUAUCUUCAGAAGGACGAUUUAAAAACUUGAGGGAAGCUCUGAAAAAUUGUGACCCUCCUUGCGUCCCUUACCUGGGCAUGUACCUCACGGACCUGGCGUUCAUUGAAGAGGGCACUCCCAAUUACACCGAGGACGGCCUGGUGAACUUCUCCAAAAUGAGGAUGAUCUCCCACAUCAUCCGAGAGAUCCGGCAGUUUCAGCAGACGGCCUACAAGAUCGAGCAUCAGGCCAAGGUCACGGAGUACCUCCUAGAUCAGUCGUUUGUGAUGGAUGAAGAGGGUCUCUAUGAUGCGUCUCUGAAGAUAGAGCCAAAGCUCCCCACCUAA